AUGUUACACAUAUUUCUGCUAUUUAAUAUCAUCUCAAUAUUGGAUGCACAAACAUGUUCCACUACUUAGAUUUCAUGCGAAUCCAUUACAACUAGCGAUUUAUGCUAUUAAACUAGAGAUUCCAAUGAUAAUCACCCUUGUGAGUGGAAUACAGAUAAAUGUGAAAAAUCAAUUCUUUAUAAUUUGCCAUGUUCCAAAUAUACUAAUGAGUAUAAUUGCUAUUAUAGAUCUUAUGGAUGCAGAUGGGAUGGAACUAAUAUUAAUAAUUAUGACUCUUAAGCAAUGAUAGCCAACACAGAUGGAAAAUGCGUAGAUCAAAAAUGUGAAGAUUUUACUAGUUAAUCAGAUUGCUCAUCCUUUGGUUAAGUAUCAUGCGAUUGGCAGGACGACAGUUGCGUUUAAGUUACAUAAUGCAAAGAUUUCUAAACUGUAAAGGGGUGUAGAAAUACAAGAUUUAAGGAAAAAUGCGUACCUAUUGUAAAUGGAGAAGUAUUACCACUUGCAUAAAAAUCAACCACUAUUUUUGAUUCUUUUGAGUGUGUCGUUUAGUAAUGCAAACAUAAAUCUGAUAAAUAUGAUUGCACUUUUGUAAAUGGAGUCCAAUGCAUUUGGGGAGCUAAAGGAUGUACUGUUUGUGCUGCAUUUACAUAAUAUGAAACUUGCGUUUAAAAUAAAGGGUUGUGCUUAUGGAAUUAAAAUCAGUGCUAAAAUAUUGAAUGUUAACAAUACAAAAAUCCUAGCUUGUGUAAAAUGAAGACGGAAUAGUGUGAGUGGAAUACCUAAAAAAUGAGAUGUCAACUCAACUCGACUUAAACAAAUUAACAUUGCUAUUCUGAAUACUUGGAUUAAUAAAACUAAGGUUAGAUUAUCGAAAUAAUUUUAAUUAUUUCCCUUAUUGUUAUUGUUUGA